GGCGACCCUUGCUGAAGCGCAUUUACAUUCUUCCAAAAAUAACAAUAUACCGAACCCAUGAAAACCUCUAGCGGUAUUGCGUGCAGUCGCUAGAGUCCAGAUCAUGGCACCAUCGAAACAUGUCGAACGUCUGGACCUACUGCAGACAGAGGCCCGAACCUCAACUGCGGACAAGAUCGAUCUUCUUGACACACUGGGCCUCUGUGAAGAGUUCAAUAAAGAGGAGAGUCGAGUCGGAGGCGCUGUCGCGUGCUGUCUACCAGCUAUUGCAUCAUUGAUUGACGAUUUAGCUCCGCGACUCGAAGCUGGAGGCAGGCUCAUCUAUGUCGGAGCCGGCAAUAGCGGCCGAGUCGGGUUCAUGGAUUGCAGUGAAUUGCCAGUGACCUUCUCGGUCGACCCCCAACAGUUUCUAACCGUCGUUGCAGGGGGUACUGAAGCCAUAAUCCACGCCCAAGAAGGGGCUGAGGAUGUGGAGAGUGACGGAGCUCUGAGAAUGGAGGCCCUCCAGCUUAAUGGAAAGGACACAGUAAUUGGCAUCUCAGCGUCGGGACGAACCCCAUUUGUUCUAGGAGCACUUCAAGUAGCUCUUGAGCAUGAUGCACUCACAGCUGGUAUCACGAACACGCAUCCGUCUAGAAUUGGCAAGCUCGGAGUCAAACACAUCAUAUGUCCUUUAGUUGGUCCCGAAUUUCUCACGGGCAGCACUAGACUCAAAGCGGGCAGCGCUGCUAAACAAAUCCUCAACAUGAUCAGUACCUGCUCUAUGGUAAAGCUUGGCAAAACAUACAAGGGUCUUAUGAUUGAUGUUCGAGUAAAUAAUUGGAAGCUAAAGGCGCGUGGAAGAAGAAUCGUACGCCAGGUCUGCAAUGGAGCCCCGAUGCAUAUCAUAGAGAAGAAUGGGCUACCAUCGUCACAGGCUAUUGACAUCCCUGAAACAGCUGAGGGCGAUGCGGUCCUUGACUCUCUAAUCCAGGAGUGCCAGGGCAGCGUCAAGUUAGCCUGCGCGGUAGCUAUCUCUGGCUUUCCUCCGGAUGUUUCCAGGCAGAUACUUCAUUCUGCAGGUGGUAACUUCCACGUUUUUGUUCAAGGAAUUAGAACAAAAGCCCCGCCAAGUCCCGUGUCUCUUGGUGAGCCCGACUACUGUCUUUGUGUUGACGGUGGUGGAACGAACUGCACCGUUUCGAUUGCAACAGAGUCCAUGGUUGUUGGUCAAGGGGUGGCUGGUCCCUGUAAUUUCAACUCAGUCACUCUAGAGGAACUCAUGGAUCAAAUAAAAUUGGCCACAAAGCAGGCGUCCUCGAUGGCGCUUGCCAAACAGGGAUUUGGCCCUCCCGAUCUACCAAGAUUCUCGAAGGUCUGGGUAGGACUGGCUGGGCUGUACCAUGCGGACCAGAUUGCAACAUUGACUCGUCGUCUGGAGGAACUUUUUGGUGUUUCUAUAAAUCAUGGAACACUACGCCUGACCAGUGAUGGUAUACUCCUCGGCUCCUGUAUUGCAAUGGAUGACUCGGUCGAAUGUGCGAUUUCCGCGAUCGCUGGGACAGGAUCGGUAGCAACUGCCUUCAAGAAGGGGCCGUCUAACGAGAUUGUCCAAGUUGGUCGGACCGGAGGCUGGGGCUACCUGAUUGGGGACCAAGGGAGCGCUUUUGAUAUCGGCAAAAGAGCGCUUCAGCUUGUUUUGUCCAGUGUGGAGCAAAAGCAAUUUCAAGCAACUCACAAGCUCACAGAGUUCGAGAGGGCAGUAUUGGAAGAACUCAACUCUAACGAAGCAGGCGUUCUCAGAGACAUAUAUCACGCGACUGGUAGUCCUAAAGAGAAGAUAGGCGACAUGGCGAAGGUUGUCACAAAGUUAGGGUUUAGAGAACGAGACCCCGACCCUCAAGCGCUAGGGGUCCUAACAUCUGCAGCUGGCACUUUGGUUCAGCAGAUCAAACCGCUGGCUGAGAUCUGUGACCCCCGUAAAUGUGCACUCAUUCUGUCGGGUGCCUUGAUGAAUCUUCCGGCAUAUCAGGAUCUAAUCCUACGGGAGUGGGACAAACAACACCAGUUACCGUUCAAGAAAGUUUUAGUGGUCAAUGAUGCAUCAGGCUAUGCUGCAAAAUUUCUAGCUAUGCAAAAUUCGACAAUAAACUAG